AUGGACAUCGACGACGACACCCUCCAGAAGCUGUAUGUGUGGGUCGACACCAUCCCGCUCUCGCGGCCGAAGAAGAACAUCAACCGCGACUUCUCGGACGCGGUGCUGGCCGCGGAGACGAUCAAGCACCUCUUCCCCAAGCUUGUGGAAAUGCACAACUACUCGGCAGCGCACUCUGUGAACCAGAAGCUGUACAACUGGCAGACGCUCAACUCAAAGGUCCUCCGCAGGCUCGGGCUCAAGCUUGAUGCCGCGGAGAUGCAGUCGCUGGCACGGGCUGAGCCCGGGGCCAUUGAGACCCUCCUUGUCCGGCUGAUGCAUAAGAUGGAGCAUCACAAGCAGCGCGCGAUGGAGCGGUCGGGCGCGAGCAGUGCGAGCGGCGGUGGCGGUGGCCGCAGCGGGCGGCGGGCGUCGCGGGAGAGCCGCGACAGGCACGACUCGCGUGACGAUGGGCGCGACUCGCGUCGGGCGCCGCGUGACGACUACAGGGAUAGUCGAUUCGAGGAGGCACAUCCGCCGCCGGCACAUGCUGGGCCCGGGCAGGGCACCAGCGGGCACGGCGCGCGGCCGCUCAACCUCGACUCGGCCACUGUCGACUCUGAGCUGUUGGUGGAGAAGGAGCGGACGAUUAUCCAGCUCCGCGAGAUUGUCAAGGUCCUCGAGCGCAAGGUCAUGAAGCUGGAGAAGCUUGUUGAGCUCAAGAACUCGAAGAUCUCGUCGCUCCAGUCGGAGCUCGCCCGUCGUGGGUAG